CUUCUCCAAACAACAACAAGAAGAAGAAGAAGCGUGAUUGACGAUGAGGGUGUGCGUGUUGGUGGUUACGGCCGUGGUGGCGCUCGCCACUUGUACCCAAGCGACAACGCAGGUGUAUCAGCCGUGCGCAGGCCAGGCAGAUGCGGUAUUACUGGCACAGCCUGGCGUGCCGUCGCAGUACGUGUUCACGUGGAGCGGCGUGGGCCUGCCUACUUUUGGCAUCACCUCGUUCAAGCAGCCCGUGGACGCCAAGGACUUCAGCGUCAACUGCUCGCGGCUGGCGGAGGGCUAUGUCUCCGACGUGGUGGUCACGCCCGCAGGGGUGGAGGAUCACCAAUCCACGACGCUGGCCAGCCUCAUUGAGUUUAGCGGGCCCACCCUGGACAAGGGUGAGUUUGUGCGGCGAACCAUCCUGGACACGCUCACGUUCAAGCCCGUGAACAUGACCAGCUCAUCAGCCACGCUGGUGAGCACAGACAACCUCAUCGCCGUGACCAUGGAGGUCAACACAAAGAGCGGCAUCAGCAAGACGAACCCGCACAACUUCUUUGCCACCAACAGCUUUUCCGUAGACCUCGUAAUCAGCGGUUACACAUACAACUCCACCAAGUCCCGCCUCGCCAUGGAGAUUGUCACCACAACUCUCGAGCGCAGCGUUGUUCGCAUCGAGCAAUCCCGCGACAUCAACGACGAGUACUCGCCCUCCAUCUUCCGCCGCACCACCCUCCAGUCCACCGACAACACGGGCGCGAAUGAAGCGCACCACGCCUGGAAGCCGGUCGUGUUUGGAAACACAACGCGGAAGAGCACGAACAUGACGGUGUCAUUCAUCGGGGAGCUGGCGGCACUGGACUACAGCCCCGCGAACACAUAUCCACAGCACAUCAUCACCGCUUCCUACGACGGCGCCCGCACUGCGAUGAACGUUGUGAACGUGACGUUCAGCACCAAAGGCGACAAGGCAACGGCAGAGAAGAUCAUCGCCUGGGGCUCAAUCGUGGGUCCGGGCAAGCCGUUUGUGCCAGCCAUGUCCACAACGCUGCUUGCCACCAACAUCACGAGUUAUGGCGUGACGAUCUUCGCCUUUAUUGCGGGCUCUAUCUACCUCCUUGUCCUCCGCGCCACGCGUGCAACGCACUCCUCACAGACCGUCUAGGCGUUGCUGGACUGGAGGAAAAUAGGAUUGGUGUUGUUGUUGUUGCUGGUGUUGUUGUUGCUGGUGGUGUUGUUGUUGUGCAUCUGUUGCUUGAUUUGCUUGGUUGCUCGUUCGUGUGCUGCUGUGGGUUCUUGCUUGUUUGUGUGCUGCUGAUGCCGAGAUGUGUAUGAUAAACACGCAUAAUGGACA